UCAACUCUUCUAGUUUCAUUUUAAUCUCUCCCAAAUGCUAAUUCAUACUCUUUCUUGUUUCUAAAUUUCAUCUCAAUAAUCUUCUUUCUCUAUUUGCUUUCUUCUCUGCUUUUUCUGCACUUACUUUGAGAGUUUGUUUUUAUCAAACAUCGAAACAGAAUUAUGGGAGGUCAGCCUUCUAGGCAAAUAUGCAAUAUUCACAUCUAUGAUACUACUCCGAAGCAGCCAUCAAAAUGUUCGUGUGGUCGUACCCUUCCCCCGAGCACGAGUCAUACCCUUCCCCCGAGCACGAGUCGUACCCUUCCCCCGAACAUGAGUUCUGGGCCUUCUUUUCAAAACCCAAGUCAUAAAAUAAAUGGUGAUGAUUUUGAAUCCCUUGAACAGGUGACUGAAGCCCUUGUAAAGGCAGGUUUGGAAUCCUCCAACCUGAUCAUUGGAAUCGACUUCACAAUAAGCAAUGAGUGGACUGGGACCAAAUCUUUCAUGGGGAGGAAUCUCCAUGACCUUGCUGGAGCUUUUCUCAAUCCCUAUGAACAAGCAAUUUCUAUCAUUGGAAGAACACUCGAAAAGUUUGACGACGAUAACAUCAUUCCGUGCUACGGCUUUGGAGAUGUUGCUACUGGAGAUAGGGAAGUUUUUAGCUUUCAUUCGGGAGAUAGGCCAUGCCAUGGCUUUGAGGAAGUGCUCUUUUGCUACCGUGAAAUAGUACCUCACGUUAGAUUGGCAGGCCCAACAUCGUUCGCUCCAAUCAUAAGAAACGCGAUCAGAAUAGUCAAUGACAGCGGUGGCCAGUAUCAUAUUCUUCUGAUCAUUGCUGAUGGCCAAGUAACAAGGAGCGUAGACACUCGUAAAGGUCACCUUAGUCCUCAAGAACAAGCCACGAUAGAUGCAAUUGUGGAAGCAAGCAAAUAUCCCCUGUCUAUAAUCUUAGUUGGAGUUGGUGAUGGCCCAUGGGAUCAAAUGAGUGAAUGCGAUGAUAAAGUCCCAGGGCGGCAGUUCGACAAUUUUCAGUUCGUGAAUUUUACUGAGAUCAUGUCGAAGGGUACUUCCCCGUGUAAAAAGGAGACUGAGUUUGCACUGCAAUGUCUGAUGGAGAUACCACCUCAAUACAAGGAAACAACGAGGCUCCAACUUCUGGGCCAAAAAAGAGAAACGCAAGAGCAUUUGCCCUUCCCACUGCCACGGCCUCCUCCAAUCACCAAUAUUCCACGCUACCACUAUACUCCAAUCUAUAGGCGCACAGACAGUGACAUAACAUCAUCUUUCUCUGGUUCCACUUCUCCAGCUCAUUCGGUACUUUCCCGGUCAUCUACUUGGUCGUCGUCAAUGUCAUUUUAUAGGAUUUGUCCAAAAUGCUACACGAAUGAGAAAGAACUUGCAUUUGGAUGUGGACAUCAGACAUGCUCGGAUUGUGGUAAAGAUCUCCUCUUCUGCCCAACAUGUCAAACCCAGAUAACAAAAAGCAUAAAGCUGCGAAACUUCUAACUGUUGAAGUAAUAGUAGUAGAGAUUGUGUGCAGUGUGCUUUAGAUCAAUUGCUAAAGUAAUCAAAGCGUGAGGUGUGUUUGAUCAUUUUGAUUUGUGUGUACCAACCAGAAAUCAUUUCCUGAAAUAAAAAGUUGAGCCGACAAACAAGAACUUUGAUUUCAAAA